GGGGCAGCCGCCGCCGCAGGAAGUGCCGCCGCAGCGGCCUUUGGAGGGGGCGCAGCCGCCGCCGCCGCCGCAGGCCGCGCCAAAACCGCAGCCCGUGCAGGCCCCCCCGCCCGCUGGGGCCAAGACCGCGACCUGCAGGCGAUGCGGGGCGCCGUCCCAGAAGAUAGUGGAGGAGGUCCACUACCGCAACGACAGGUUCCAGGGCCCGCCGAAGCGCUUCCUGGACUGCACGAACGAGAUGUGCAGCGGGUCCUACGACGUCGACAAGCCGGAGGCCAAGGCCACGGCGGGCUCGGUGGACGAGGACCUGGGCAAGCUGCGGAAGCUCCAGGCGACUGCGGACAAGGCCACGGAGCACGAGCAGACGCGCGCGAGGGCGCUGCUGGCGAGGGAGAAGAAGAAGCACGAGGAUCGCCUGCAAAACGGCGACCCUGAUGAGAAGAGGAAAGCCAGGGCCGUGCUGGACGCCUUCCAGAGGACAACCACAGGGACAACCCAGGGGACAACCCAAGGGUCAAUCCAAGGGACAGCCACAAAUGAGCAGGACACGUGUUGUCUGGGCACCGAGCUUGCGACGCUGCUGCCGUGAGCGUUCAGAAUCCCCAGGGCUGGCACCGCGGCGUCAGCCUCGUCCACCGCGACCGAGGUUAUGCGGAGGACGUGGGUCAGCCAGUCCACCUCCUGGGAGCAGAUCAGGAUGAGGGCGCCACAAGUUGCACACCAGUACAACCAGUGGUUCCAGGAGCACAGCCUCUGGAAGCAAAACUUCAAGCCCUGGGACCAGCAGGACCGCACCUACUGGAUGGACCGGCAGCAGCAGUGGGACGUGUGCCUGCAGCGAAUCGCGUUCCAGCUCCAGCAGCAGCAGCAGCAGCAGCAGCUGCAGCACGCCAACAACACCUUUCUGCAACAGCAGCGGUACUACUGAGGUAGCUGCGGCGGGCACCGGCGACGGGUGAGGGGCUGCCUUUCUCUGUAUGCAGGUGCCCGCCUCGGCUGCCGAGCCGAGCGUUCCCUCGCCGAGCCGAGCGUAGGACUGGGCGCACGCGCCUUCUCGUCGGGCGCCCUGCCUCGGCAGCCGAGCGGAGCAGCGGGGUCGGGCCUGGCCGAGCGCCUGGGCCGGGGACAGGCUGCGAGCGCCAGCACGGGGGCUUUCGGAC